AAUUUUCAAUAUUCUUUCUUCUUAAUAAUAAAUGUUCGAAAUAGCACUUAAAUGACUUCUCAGGUUGAUGAAAAUAUCAAUUUGAUUAUGAAAGGCGUUUCUGCCGCAUUAAAACUUGACCGUGAAUCUAGUCAUAUAGAAGCUUACAGGCAAUAUCUAAAAUGUAUACAGUUCAUCUCGCAAACACUUCAGAAAGAUGCUUUAAAUCUAAUAAUGUCCUACAACACUCAUAAAUGUCUAACGUUGGCCAAACAGUGCACAGAUCGUUUGGCUGACAUGUUUGAGAACACAACAAGCAAGCCUCCUAUUUUAAUUGCAAGUCCAAGUCCGUCGCUUACAUCAUUAUCCAAUAUAGACAUAGGGCAAAUUACUCCUAUGGAUCUGGCAAUUAAGCAAAAUCAAAAGAUUAUUGAAGCUUAUUCAUCAAGAAGAUGCGGGGUUGACGGUAAUUUAAGUCUAGUAAGAAAAUUAUCGGAAAAUAUUGCCAUUGCUAAAACUAGAGAGGAAACUAUUUCGAAGAGAUUAGCGGAAAAGCGAAAAAUACUUGAAGCUAAAGCAACAACAUCUAUGUCUUCCUUACCGGGAUUAGACUCGGACGAGAAUGAAAGAAGAAUGAUCUAUAUUGAAGUUUUAGAAUACGAGCAAAAAAAGAAGUGGCCAGGAAUCCUAAGGGAGCAGUUAAACUCCCGGCCAAAUGAUUUUCUGUUUGCGAAGGCAAUGAUCAACAGAAUAUUAUCAACAGAGGAUCAUCCAAUAACCAUACUUCUAACUAAGCAACAACAAAAGAUUCUGAAUAGGACUCAGCCUUUAACCGAACGCCAUGCCCAUCACCUUGCGAACUACAAUCCUCAGCCAGCUUUAACCAGCAGUGUCCAGUCACUUAAAAGUCCUCAGUCAUUUAAAGGAGAGGAACUAUGGGAAGAAAUGGAUGAUUUAUUCGAAGAUGAAGUAGAAAAUCCUGAAAUGGUUACCAAUUUAGAAGAUGAGGCUUUGGAAAGGCAUGUUAAAGAUAUAUCAAGAGAUACUCGAGAGGGUCUAGAAAAAGUUGUCACUAUGUUAAUUAUCACAUUUAAUGAUUUAAAAUCUCAAGAAGGAUACGACGUAAUAUUCUCUACCGUGGAGCCUAUAUAUUUUAAACCGAUUUGGCAUUCCUUACUAACGCUCUUUCGAUUAGCAAAUAGAGCGGAAGAGGAAGGAAUUUCCAAAACCAUGACAAAAUUAUCAGAUGCAUCACCGAUCAAUUUAAAAGUAAACCCGAAAUUUCGAUUAUCAGACGAUCGUAACACUUAUAAACAGGCGGUCGACGAAUUGGCAAAAUGUUGUGAUUUGCAUAAUCCUCUGGCAAAACUAGAAUCAAUCGUUCUUUCAUCACGGAAGAUUGUCGAGUGUGUUCAAGAGCACUAUGAAAAAACUCAGCUCGAAUCUCUACCUGUUCUGGGAGCGGAUGAUUUGGUGCCAAUUUUAAGUUUCGUCGUUGUAAAAACCUGCAAACCAGAGCUAGUCACUGAAUGUAGGGCUAUAGAACAAUUUACCCAUGAAGACUAUUUAAUGGGUGAAGAAGGAUAUUGUCUGGCGUCACUUCAAACAGCUGUUCGUUAUGUUGCAAAUAUGUUCAAUCAAGAAUUAACAUAG